UGACAUUUUGUCAAAGUGUUUCAUAUAAAAAUAUGUUUAGAUUUUAAUUGCUUGCCGCCAAUUAAUGUUUAUUAAAAAAUUUUUAAGUCGUUAUUUUUGAUAAUUUUUAUUAUAAAGGACAAUAUAUUUAAGUGCGAAAAUUGUGUUUAAAUUAAGUUAAGUUAUGGCUGAUUCAGAGAACCAAAAUGGAACGGAAGUAGAAAAGCAAACAAACGAGCAUAUAGAAAAAAUUCAUCUUAAUGAAAAAAUAAAGAAAUCAGAUGAAGUAGAAAGUAAACGCAUUGAAAAAAGUGAAGAAAUAGAAAAUAAUAUUGAUGAUAAAGAUAAAAAACAUGAUGAAAGUGAGAAUAAAACAGAACAAAUAAGUAAAAGUAAAGAGAAAAUAAAAGAGCAAAAUAUUGAAAAUAGUGAUAACAUAGAAAAAAAAGUCAAUCAAGUAGAAAAUAAAAUAGAAGAUAAAAUUCAAAAGAAAAUUGAUGAAGUUAAUGAAAAUGGUAAUGAAAAAAUCGAAGAAGAAAUCAGAAAAGUAGAAAAAGAAGGUGAAAGCGCUGAAAAUACGAAACCAAAUGUAGGGGAAAAAGUUCGCAGUGAAGGAAACAAUGAAAGCAAGAUCAGUAAUGUUAAUGAAAGUGAAAACAAAAAAGAGAAUCAAGAAACUAAUGAUGGGCACAUAGAAAAAAUGGAAGUAGGUGAAACUGAUAACAAAAAAAGUGCUGAAACGCCGAAUAUAGAAGAAGGAACUGAAAAUAAUUUAGAGAAAAUCUUAGAAGAAGGUACAGAAGACUAUAAAUUAGAUCUUUGUCAGGAUCUUUACAGUCAAGGUAGUAGGAAUUUUUUGCUAAAAAAUUUUGAAGAAGCUGCUGAUCAAUUAGGAGAAGCAUGUGAGCUGUUUGAAGAGAUUUAUGGACCAGAAAAUGAAGCAUUGGGAAUGCCUUUGUUACUUUACGCUAAAAGUCUUAUAUCACUUUCACUUGACGAAAAUAAGGUGUUGGAUGUACCAAAUGUUGAAGAAGAGGAAGAGGAUUCUGAGGAUCAACCGGAAGAGGAGAGCAAAGAAGAACAGUCUGGAAAGACAGAAGAACAGAAAUCAGAAAGUAAUGUUCCAAAGCUUAAUGGCGACGGUGAAGCAAAAGAAGAUAAAAUUUCAAAAGAAGAUAAAAUUUCAAAAGAAGAAAAACUACAGGAAGAGCCUAGCACGUCAAGCAAGCCUAACAUUUCUCCGAGUAUUGCUCAGUUGAAAACUUCAGCAACUAAUGAACAAGAAGAAAAUGAGAACAAUGAAGAAGAUGAAGGAAGUGAGCCGACAAAUUUACAAAUAGCUUGGGAAACCUUAGAAAUGGCUGCAAAUAUUUUUUCAAAGCAAGGAAUGAAAGGUUUACCUCAUUUAGCAGAAAUACAUACCGAACUUGGUAAUAUUCAAUUUGAAAAUGAAAUCUUUGAUGCUGCAAGGGAAGACUAUGGAAAAGCAUUAAGAAUUUAUCAAGAAUUAUCGUUUAAAGAUCAACGCAGAGCUCAAGCAGAAAUUCAUUAUAAAAUAGGAUUAACUUUCUUGUUAGAAGCUUUAAACCAAGAAGGGGCUGAAGCAUUUAAAACUGCCUGUGAUUUAUUAAGUGAUGAAAUUGAAGAAAUCAAAAGUAAAAAUGAGCUUACAGAUAAUGAUAAAAAUACAAUUAAAGACAUAGAAGAAACCCAACAAGAUAUUAUGGCAAAAAUAGUCGAAAUUGAAGAAACCAGACAACAAGUAAUUGAUGAAGUUCGAGCUGCUCUCGACAAAUACAAAUCACCUUCAAAACAAAAUACUGGAAAAAUAGAAGGAAGUUCAAGUUCUAUAGAAUCUUCUGCAUCUUCAUCCAAACCGAAUGAUAUUUCGCAUUUAAUUAAACGUAAAAGACCAGAUACGAUAUCUGUUGAAACUGAAGAUUCGCCUGCAAAACGUUUAAAUACUGAAAAGACUGGAUAAAGUCAACUAAUGAUAUUAAUUUAAGAAAAAAAAAGAUCAUCAUUUCAUUAUAUUUCACACUUAAUAUUGUAAAAUAAUAAAAUUUAAGUUUAUAUUUUCAAAUUGCAAAAUUUUA